GGAUGUGCAGUGCAAGAAGGAUCAGGAGGGUGGAGGAGCUGUGCCUGGCCCUAACCUGUGUUUGUCUCCUGCCCUGUGUCCUCUCUCCCCAAGCUUGGCUGAGGCCUUUCUGCCUCUGUCACACUGGCAAAGCUCAUUCUGGUUGUGGGCAGUAACGAGGGGCAGCUCAGGAGCACCCAGCGCCGCCUGCCACCCUGCUUGGCAUCCUGCUUGGCACCCUGCUAGGUCCCAGGAGCUGGUUCCCAGAGCAACUGGCCCUGGGGGGGCCCACACAGAGGUGAAGAAAGCAGAGAGGGGAAGGAUGUAGCCCCUGCAGCCUCUGCCCCCUGCCCCACCAUGGGUGAUAUGAAGACUCCAGACUUCGACGACCUGCUGGCAGCCUUCGACAUCCCUGACAUCGAUGCCAACGAGGCCAUCCACUCGGGCCACGAGGAGGCCGAUGCCCACAUCAAGCAGGUGCCCGGGGAGCCAGGCCCCGCCGACCACGUCCUGCCGCACGCCGACAUCACCGCGGUGAGCGUGAUCGUGAAGAACACUGUGUGCCCCGAGACGCUGGAGGGGCUGGAUGCCCGUGCCAAGGACGGGCACCUCAUCGGCCCGCGCCUGCUGCAGAAUGGCUUCGGCGCCACCGACAUCCCCAGGUCCCCCGGUGCCAGGCCCGGGGAAGCUGUGGUGGCGUCCUCCAACGGGGAGUGCUGGGGGAAGGAGAAAGCUCCCCCCAAGCCCUUGGAUAUCUUCUCCCACUUCAGCCCCGAUCCCAACGAGGACAACGCUGCCAACCUGAUCGACAGGCCCCGCGACUGCAAGGCCAAGGAGAAGGCCCUGGCCGUGCCCUCGCUCUCCCCUUCGCCCACCCCCUCCUUGGACUGCAAAGAGCCCACGGGGGAGGGCAGGGAGAGCCUGCCCCCGGCCUUCCCGCAGCCCUUCAGCAGCAGCCAGCCCGGGGGGGCAAACGGAUCCCCUGCUGCCGUGCCCUGCGUCAAGAAGGAGGAGUCAGACUCGGAGGAGGUGGUUCGUGGAGCCAGCCCCAAGGGUCUGGCUGCAGCCCUGGGGGACAGUCCCUUGGACCACCUCAAGUCGGUCACCGUUCGCUACUCCACCGAUGGCUCUCCCGUGGCAUCCUGGCCUGGGUCGGACCCAAACCUGGACAGCAGCAGCAGCAGCAACCUCCCUGAGGUGAAGCGGUCACCGGGCAGCCCCCGGGAGCCCUUCUUCAAGCCUUCCUCACCCGUGGUGCAGAGCCCCAGGCUGCCCACCUCCCCCAAGCAGCUGGACAGCAUCGCCCUGAAAGAAGAGCAGGAGGUGCUGGAGAAGUCGAUGGGAAGUCCUCAGAGUAUGUCCAGUGCUGAGGAAGAGGAGGAGGAAGAAGACAACAACAAUUCCCCUUCUUCCAAUUCCUCAAGGCCCCUGAAGGUGAGGAUCAAAACCAUCAAAACCUCCUGUGGCAGCAUCACCAGGACAGUCACCAGAGUCUCCUCGGACUCCGAGCCGGGUUCCACCAAGGGACCAACCGAGCAGAGCUCUCAGGACGCGGCGCUGGAGGUCGCCGGAUUCUCGUCGGAGAAGGAGGAAGGCAUCACCCUGGAGGUGCCCAAGGACAAGACGGAGCUCUCCAGCCCUUUGAAGACCAUCGAGGGCCCCAAAAUCGUCAGCGUCCAACUCGGCAACGGCACCAAGCUGAAGGGCACCGUCCUGCCUGUCUCCACCAUCCAGAGCGCCAGCAGCGCCAUGCUGAUCGCCGCCAGCGUGGCUCAGCAGAAGUCCGUGGUGCUGCCGGCCAAGUCGGGCAAAGCCGUGGCCAAGAACAUCAUCAACCUGGUGCCACAGACCCUGCCCAAAGCCGACACCAGGACCAACGUCAGCACCGUGACGCAGACCACCGCCGUCACCACCAGCGCCAACCAGAAGGUCAACGGCACCACCGUGGUGAUGGUGCAGCCGCAGAAGCCUUCCCCGACCGUCGCCGGCACCGUCAUUUCCCGCAGCCAAUCCAGCCUGGUGGAGGCCUUCAACAAGAUCCUCAACAGCAAAAACCUUUUGCCCACUUACAAACCCAACCUGAGCCCUCCGGCGGACUCCAGCCUGGCCCUGCCGCCCUUCGGCUACCGCUGCCUGGAGUGCGGCGACUCCUUCGCGCUGGAGAAGAGCCUGGCGCGGCACUACGACCGCCGCAGCAUGCGCAUCGAGGUCACCUGCAACCACUGCACCAAGCGCUUGGUCUUCUUCAACAAGUGCAGCCUGCUGCUGCACGCCCGCGAGCACAAGGACAAGGGCCUGGUGAUGCAGUGCUCGCACCUGGUGAUGCGCCCCAUCGCCCUGGACCAGAUGAUUGGCCAGCCUGACAUCACCCCCCUGGUCUCCGUCGCCUCCAUCCCCGCCGGCAAAGUGAGCGCCGCUGGCGUGGCUCAGGAUGCGCUCGGCGGCACCAACGGGGCUCAGGAGCUGCCCAUCCUGCCCCUCAGCAACAGCUCGGAGCAGAGCAACUACAGCUGCUUCCGCUGCCUGGAGUGCAAGGAGCAGUGCAAGGACAAAGCUGGGCUGGCGGCGCACUUCCAGCAGGCUGCCAGCGCUGGCACCGCCAGCAGCACGGUCUGCACCACCUGCCCCAUGAUCAUGGCCAACCGCUGCAGCUUCAACGCCCACCAGAGGAUGCACAAGAACCGCCCCCCCCACGUCUGCCCCGAGUGCGGCGGCAACUUCCUGCUGGCCAACUUCGAGGCACACCUGAAGGACUCCUGCCUGCACUUCUCCCGCAGGGUGGGCUACAGGUGUCCCAGCUGUGCCGUGGUCUUCGGAGGAGUCAACUCCAUCAAGUCCCACAUCCAGACCUCCCACUGUGAGGUGUUCCACAAGUGCCCCAUCUGCCCCAUGGCAUUCAAGUCGGCCCCCAGUGCCCACGCCCAUGUCUACACCCAGCACCCUGGCUUCAGCAACCAGCAGUCCAAGAUGAUUUACAAGUGUGCCAUGUGUGACACAGUCUUCACCCACAAGCCCCUGCUCUCCUCCCACUUCGACCAGCACCUCCUCAACCAGCGAGUCAGCGUCUUCAAGUGCCCUGACUGCCCUCUGCUCUUCGCCCAGAAGCGAACCAUGCUGGAGCACCUCAAGAACACUCACCAGCCCCAGAAGGCCAAGGAAGACCUGGCAAAGAAGGCAGCCAUCCUGCUGACCCCCAAGCAGGAGCCCGUGGAGACUCCAGUGUCCAAGAUCUCAGAGGAGUCCUCAUCCUCCACGGAGGAGGACGACCCCCCCAGCUCCCCCGAGCUGCGCAAGGCCAAGCGCAGUCGCUUCCAGCGCAAGGCAGCGCCCAAGGCCAAGGGCAGUGGCUGGACCUGUGGCGUCUGCCACUCCUGGUUCCCCGAGCGCGACGAGUACGUGGCCCACAUGAAGAAGGACCACGGCAAGUCAGUGAAGAAGUUCCCCUGCCACCUCUGCGAGCGCUCCUUCUGCUCUGCCCCCAGCCUGCGCCGCCAUGUGCGCGUCAACCACGAGGGCAUCAAACGAGUCUACCCCUGCAGGUACUGCACGGAGGGCAAAAGGACCUUCAGCAGCCGCCUGAUCCUGGAGAAGCACAUCCAGGUGCGGCAUGGGAUCAAGGUCACCGACCAGGCCAAGAGCCAGGAGGUCGUCAUCGCCCGGAUAGGGACUGGCACCCUGCAGGUGCCCGGCCGCAAGCGGAAGCUGUCCUCGGACGAGGGCGACUCCUGCAGCGAGGAGCCCGACAGCACCACCCCCCCCUCCAAGACCCCCAAGGGCGAGCGCAAGGCUCCGUUCCGCUGCCGCAAGUGCGGCUACUUGGCCAGCAGCGCCGCCGACUUCCAGGAGCACAUCCCCCAGCACCGGACUGACGACAGCUCCCAGCAGUGCCGCGAGUGCGGCCUCUGCUUCACCUCGCAGGUCUCCCUCAACCGCCACCGCUUCAUCACCCACAAGAAGAAGAAGGGCACGGCCGAGCCGGAGCAGCCUGGCCCCCGGAGCCCGCUGGAAGGCGGCGCCCAGCCGGCGGCCGACGGCAAACUGUCGUGCCAGGUGUGCGGGCGCAGCUUCGACACUCAGCUCAACCUCAAGACGCAUUUCCGCACCCACGGCAUGGCCUUCAUCCGUGCCCGCCAGAAUGCCAGCCCCGACAACUAGCCCCUGGCAGCGCCAGGCCUGUAAAUAACCGGCACAGAGCCCUGGGCUGCUGCUGCUGCUGCUGCUGCCAGCGGCUGCCGGUGCCCGCCCAGGCUCCCCCUUCCUCCCUCCUCCUGGGCAGGGUGAAGGAGCUGCGAGGAGAGGAGAAGCAGGAUGGCACCGCCCAGCCUGGCUCUGCGUGCCCUGCAUUGGGGGUGAGUGGUGGGCACUGCCACCACCCACUGCCAGCCCUGCCCUGCCCCUGCGCUGAGGAGGCAGAGGUUUGGCUGCUGCUGUACAGGAGAGGAAGGGCAGAGCUUGGACCUGCUGCCCUGUGCCCGGAGGAGCCCCAAGGGUUGGGUCACUUCCUGCUGCUCUGUCCCCAUCCCACAGCGUCUGCGGGGAAGGCUGGUGGCCUUCCUCCCGUGGGGAUGAGGAUGGGAGAAUGACCCCUCCCAGCCCAGGGCCAGCCCUGCCCAUGCUGGCACCGGCUCCUCUGGCACCGCGGGGCUGCGGCCGGGAGCCUGGGGACCAGGGGGCACAGCCCUGCAGCAGGACAGUGCCAGCAGGGCUGAGGGCAACCUCCCAGCAAACUCCACCUCUUUUUAGUUGCUUUUUCUGCCCCGUUUGGAUGUUGCUUCUUUUGUGUCUGCUGGGGGAUGCCAGCUCCAGCCUCGUGCCCAAGCUCCAUCACCCCAGCGAUGCCCCAGCCCCUCCUUGGCUCCUGCCAGGGGGUCCCUUUGUCACUUGCACUAACCCAAGGUGGCUUCGUGCCCCAGGACGGCCACGCUCAGGGCCCAAGCUGGCAGCAUGCGCCAGGAGGAGGAAGAGGAGGAGAAGGAGGAAGAGCUUUUCGUUUGGCAGAGGAACAAGAGAAGCCAGAAGGAGGCCUCUGGGUGAGCUCAACGCCAGGCCAAGGCUGCCAUCAGCACAGAGCUGCGGCAGGGUGGGCACCUCCCUGUGCCCCGGGCAGGAUUGGUGCCAGCAGCUCUCGCCAUGGGGAGGGAGAAUCCCUGAGGAGGAGCAAACUGCUGCUGAACCCUUCCCGGACUGAGAUGCCUGCAGGGAGCCUCAGGGGAGCUGCUGCCACCCACUGCCACCCCCUACCCCUCCUGCCCCGCUCAGGGUGAGCCUCUGCUGCUCUUCCUCAGCAGGCACAGAGCAGCUCCCACACCUCUCAGCCCCACUCUGAACCCCCUCCUCAGCCAGCUGCUGGGCAAGGUGUGGGAAAGAUCUCACCUGCAUGGAAGCUCUCACCUCAUUCUCAUCACCCCCCCCCACCAAACCCCCUCCUCAAGCCCUUCCCAGGGGUGGGCAGGGAGGAGGAGGAGGUGGUGGAAGUUAAACCCUAAGCCAGAAGAAAGCAAAACCUUCUCCUGGUCCUGCUCCUUUGGGCUCCAGCGCUGGGGGCAGGCUCCUUGCGUGCAACCUUUAACUGCCUGCUCCUCGUGGAUGACCUCUAACAGCUCUCUGUAAACUUGUAUCAUACACUAAAAAGUGACAAAAAACCAA